CCUCGCUCCUCACACUCCUCCCAGUGCUAGCCGCGGCAGCACGCCCUCUCUGCCUCCCUCCCGCCAGCGUGCGUCUCCCCGUGUGGUGCGAGCGAGCGGUACUGUCCCUCUCCUACACCCUCGUAGCUGGCCCGCGCAUGUACCCGCGCCCCGUCGUGUGGUGAAGUGAACAGCCGCCGCGUGCCGAGGUGUGAGAUCCAGCGGCGUAGUAAAAGCAAACUCCUGGGAAAUUACUGGAUGAAGAACGAGACGAGUAUUCUGACAGUGAACACGACUGCUGCCACUACGACUGCCACGACCGCCAGAAGUGUGAGGCGCCGCGGGGCACGACCAAGGGAGCCUGUGCACUAUGAGGCAUUGGUGUUCAGUCUCCACGCGCAGAGCUAAUGACGUGACUGUUGUGAGAUAUCCUUCGUUCACUCUCCUCCUCAUCCUCCCGCUCCAUCCUUCCCGUGCCUACUGAUACUGUCACUACUGAGUCCUGCGGCGCCUCCACCCACCAUGUCGAGAUCCUACCUCGCGACGCUCUUGUUCCUGCUGCUCCUUCACCUGCUUUGUCCGGUGUCCUCCAGGCCUCAGGCUGAGCAGUCGUCGCCCCCUGCCGUGGGAGAGCAACAGGAGGAGCAGGAGGCAGGGCAGCUCACACGGGGCCCGCAGGAUCCCCUCCGCUGGGUCUGGUUGGAUGGCACGUCCUUGUCUCUGGAAUGGCCCUCGCGCUUCUCCCUCUCCAUCAACGGUGCCGUCACUGCCUACAGCCUCUCCCUCACCCACCCGCACCAGAGCCUCCCCUUCCUUACCACCACCAUGUUCCACGCCUCCACCCUCCGUCACCAGUUCGAGGGUCUGCGGAGUAACGUGACCUACGAGGGAAGGCUGAUGGCUCUGGUCGGGACCCACCACUGGCCCUACACGCUGCUCAACUUCACCGUCACCUCCCCGACCCUCCGCACAGGUCUGAGUCUUGGCCAGCGAGCUCACCCCAGCCGCCCACGCAGCAGCACGGCAGAUCUGAACGCCAUCACUGUCUCCGUCACCCUUCGCUGGUCCUCCACGCCGUUCUUGAAAGGCAACACAGAGGGCGAGAUAGUGCGGCCGACUGGGUAUCGCUUGCGUGUGUGGGACCAGAAGAAACUUGUUACUCAGAUCAUCAUCGACGCUUCACCACACUCCCAGGACUGUAAGGCAGCGGUGGGGGGCUUGGAGCUGGACUCUGUGUACAAGGCGACCCUGGAUGCGAUUCUGCCGGACGAGGAACCUGGCGUCUCUCUCACCUUCAGCUUGGACGCCGGGGCGCUGCACGUGGCGGGCGGGGGACUCACGACGGACGGGGUGUCGGAGUGCUACUCGGGACUGCAAGUGCGGUGUCCGGGCUCCGAGCGCUGCGUCUCCCCGUACUGGAUCUGCGACGGCGCCCCGGACUGCCCAGAUGGCGCAGACGAAUUAGGUUGUGACACGACCCUCUGUGACGGCUUCCAGUGCUGGGACGACGUGUGUGUCCCCUGGGCGUGGCGCUGCGACGGGCAGCCAGACUGUAAAGGUGGUGACGACGAGUACGCCUGCCCCUCCUGUGAGGAAGGGGAACUACAGUGCCCUUGGGGCGGCCCGUGCCUGCAGUCUAACGCUACGUGUGACGGCGUCGAUCACUGCAGGGAUGGAUGGGACGAAUCAGUUGCCCUGUGCGGGUCGGUGACCUGCAAGCCCGGGGAGCUGCAGUGCCUGGGCGGCAGCCGCUGCGUGCCGCACGACUGGCUGUGUGACGGAGUGUCGGAUUGUCCCGCCGCCGAGGAUGAGGAUGUCACGUUUUGCUCCGCCUUCAACACUUUCAGGAACAACAACUUGGUCUUUAACUCCACAAACGAGAGUUCUUCCCAUUGUGAGGAGAGAGCAACCCCGAAGAAAGUGAAUUGUACUAAUGAAGAAUUUCGAUGCGACAGCAGCAAGUGCAUCCUUCGAGAAUACCUGUGUGACGGCGUGCGUGACUGUGAGAACGGCAGGGACGAGUUGCCUCAGUCCUGCAGCCUCGCUCCGACUCAGCCAGCCAAAGCUCCCAAAUUCAGGUUUGACUCAGAGGAAGAUUUCAGUGACGCAGACCAACACUUGGAUGUAGACCAACAGAUGUUACAUAAUGAAGAGACGGAAUGCAAUGAAGAGAAUGGAGAUCUGUGCAGCAAUGUGGACGCUCAGCCAAUAAACACUCACACUGACGGAGAGGAACACAGCACAACGACAGACCGCAGUCAAGUACACACUGAGACAACCUCCACAACACAGAAACCAGAGCUGGAGUUUGAUUACGACAACAAUAUCGAGGAUGAUGAUUUUAUGCCUGACGUGAGAACCUCCCCCCCGACCACCACCACCGCCACCACCACCAUCACUACCCUGACCACCACCAGCACCACCACAACGCCCAAGGCUCCAUUCGUGAGUAUCAUUGAGGCGAACAUGACAGACGUGGGAGGAAAUGAAAUUGACAUCGACCUUAUUGAAUUCAGUGACACGAAGUCGUUGGAUGAAGACAAUGACGCGGCAAAUAAGACACAAGGCGGGGACAGUGUCAACGUGGAAGUCUUGGUGGAGGAAGAGGAAGUGAAGGAGAUGGAAGAUGGGGAGAAACCUUCCUUACUCCAACCAGAAUCAGGCCUCAACCUUUCCAGCAGCGAGGAAUAUGAUGACAAGGAGAAUUUCACCCCAGAGAUUGAGAUUGACAGCCUCUUACCACAUGACUCCGGGAAUGUGAGCGAUACAGUACACGGCGGCGAGGAAAAAGGCUUCACACAGGCCACCAACGAAACGACCCUCCAGAAGCCCAAUGUCUUGAUUGAGGAGGUGAGCAGCGAAGAGUUAAUAUCUUCUGAGGAAAGCGAUGCCAGUGAGAUGAAGAACGCCACCGUAGCCUUCCUUCCCCAGCCAAGCACGACAACAGAGGGACCAGUGGAGGCGAGCACUGAGCAAGACGACUCCGUGGUUUCUGAUAACGUCAUUCUUGUCGUCAGCGAGGGACCGGUCACUGUCCAGAUGGUCUCCACGAGCGAGGAGACGACAGGAACAGAGACCACGGUGAUUAAUGUGACGCUUCCUCUCCUGCCAGAUGACACCACCACCACACUCAGCCCCUUCACCACCACCACCACCAUCAGCACCACACAAGGGUCGUCACUGCCUGAUGUUCCUGCCGCUGAGGGUGCAACUGUCACUCCGUUGUCCAGUCCUCACCUCACGCCAACACCUGAAGCCACACACCUGGAGAACACCUCGCUGCCCACAACAACCAGUUUAAAUAUAACUCCUGAAAGUGAUCUGACUCCCGAAGAAGGUUCUCAUCCUGGCGAUAUGACCUCCCCCAAUCCUGUUACUGCGGUGGAAAGUGACACCACCAGUACAACAACCACUUCCACCACCACCACCACCACAACCACCACGACUACCACCACCACGACCUCCAUCCCCACCACUACCACCGCCAUCGUAGCCACCACAGACAAACCCGAGGCAGCAACACCAACAGCAGCACAGGAACCGACGACCUCCGCUGUUCUGUCGACCUCAACUCCAGACGAGGCACCAGCACCAUCCACAACCACGCCCUCGCUCUCCACCACCAUCCAGCCCACCACGGAGUCCCCGAUCAUCGAAAUGGGGCAGAAGAACCUCACUAUUUUGAUCGCUAUUCGUGCUGGAAUGAACGAGACUGAGAUUCCACAAUACACGAUUCACGGCGCUGACGGGAACACGUACCAGUAUGAGAUCGUGAGUAUCGUAAAGGAGGAAGGGCCGGGGGAGAAAAACAGGCCAGACUUAAACACCGUUCUGGAGGAGGAAGAGGAGAUGACUAAUGAAAUACGAGGAGAUGGGAGUCACCAGUUCCUUCAAGGGAUACACAUUUCAUCCGCUACAAGGUUUUCAUCGCCUGGCUUCUCCUUCCUCGCCCUCGUCCUCGUCUCUCUUCUCGUUACUGUCGUCGGUUUCGAUGUGAAGUGAACAUAGUGAAUCCUACACAUUUUACUACCGCUACCAAACACUUUGCGAUAUUCAGUCAUGUGGAAUAUCCUGGACUCUCCAAACUCGGGGAGUGACUUGGGAAAGCAUCAGCUGGUCUGCCAACUCAUUCCUGCCCUUGCCCUUUCUUACACACGAACCUCGAGGCAACACAACACGGUAUUCAUAGUGAGUAAGGCGAGGAGGUUAAAGAAACGAGUGAUUCCCGCGGGUGUUUUAGUGUUGGACGAGUAAUCUUAGACGAUGAGGUUAAAGAAAGUAAUUCCUUGUCGAGUAAACUGAAAUGGUCUUCACUGAGAAACAUUCGGUGUUGGAACAUUAUAAGUACGAAUGAACAAAAAAAAAAAAAAAAAAGAAAGUGCAGUUGGAUUGUGCAGACUUAUAAUCAGACAAAUGGGAUUCGUGUGCUGGCAACUUUCGCCGUGGUGAGCCACUAUAUUAUUUUCAUACGCUUGGGAGUGAGUCGUGAAAGUUGGGACCAAAGGAAGAACUUGUGUUGAAAUGCGAGAAGGAAUGACUUGAAACUUCUCCGUGUGCAGACCGGAAUAAAAGAAAAAAAAAAUGAAAGCAGAAUAGUCACCCGAAAUCUAGCGGAAAUCUACUGUGAAAUCUUACAUGUUAGUGUUGAAUAAAAAGUCACUGAAACUUGAUUAAAUGAGAGCUAAAAAAAAAAAAGAGAGAGAGAAGAUAAGAGCAGGGAAGUCGCCAGAAAUGUAAUGUGAACUACAAUCUAACAUGUCACAAGGUUGAAUAAACAAAGACUGAAACUUAAUUGUGGGUGAAAACAAAAAAAAAAGUAAAACAUAAUGAAAGCAGAGAAGUCACCCAAAACAUAAUAUGAACAAAACUCUAACAUGUCAAAGUGCUGAUAUGAAAAUUCUCACUGAAGUCACAAUGUCACGUGUGAACCAGAGUGACCAACCAACAUAGUCUUGUAGAGUCAUCGAAAAUCCGCAUUUCUCAGAUAUUUUACGAUCUAAGUGUUCUUUUUGACGUCUCGCAUGAAUAUAUAUAAAUGUACGUGUAAUACCUUAGGGGAGUGUGGACAGGUGGGCCGCCGCGACACACCCACAGCCAUCUGGAGAAGGAGAGUCAGGGAGUAGCGGUCUGCCCCUCGUCGUUGUUCUGCGACGUCUAUUGGUGCUCGUGUCUUUUAAAUUACUGAUGAUAGUGAUGCGCUGGUGGUCGUGGUGAGCGUAUGUGUGUGUGUGUGUGUGUGUGUGUGUGCGUGUGUGAGAGAGAGAGAGAGAGAGAGAGAGAGAGAGAGAGAGAGAGAGAGAGAGAGAGAGAGAGAGAGAGAGAGAGAGAGAGAGAGAGAGAAAUUCCUGGUAUAUUCCCGGCCCAGCCUCACCACCUCGCCCUCAUCCUCAUCCUCAGCCUCCAGGAAGCAGUAAGCCGUCUCCUCUCACUCGCGUCUGGUGGGUACAAAUUUCGUAGACGGGACUGGAAAAAAACGCUAUAUGCUCCCCUUCUGGGAGUUUUCUGACUAGUACCUGCAUGUUAUUGGGAUCAAGGAGUGUUGACGCCGCUGCUGCUCCUCUGCUGCCACUCUUACAGCAGUGCCGUGGCUGUGUGGUGCAGAGGGAGAGGCGCGUGAGGCAGGACUAAGGGACGCCUGUACUAGAUUUUAAGGUGAAGGGUGUAAAGGUAUAAACAUAGUGAUUUUCUAUAUGAAUCCUAGAGUUCCACUUUAAAGGCUACAUAAUUUUAUACUUCUAGAGAAAAAAAAAUAUUUACAGUUACAUUGCCUUCUAACUAACUAGCUCAUUGCCACGUUUACCAGACACAGGUAAAAACAUUCUCACCUCAGAUGUUUUUUUUUUCAUAUAAAUGUAUAUCAUUCCUAGACUAAGCUUAUAUUUUUCUAGGCUUAUUAAUGGCGUAGUGUCGUCCUGUUCGUUAAGUUUACACAAAAGGCCGGUGCAUCUUGCCGCCGGCUCCGAGGCCACACCAGUCCCGCCCGCCGAGGACCGCGAUGUUCUCACAAAACAACUUAGACCGUACUGAAACACCUCUGCGUCGCAUCUUCACUACCUUCAAAAGACUCAAGUUGAAGUUCCACGGGUUCUUAAGCUUGUCCUUUAUGGUUCUAGAAACAGAUUAACAAGAUUUCUGCUCUAUUAACAGGAGAAACACUCUUAAGAACCUGGCUAAUCAUCUUUGUGACCUUUAAAACUAGUGGUGGUCAGAAAGCAGAGGGUUUCCUGAAGACGGGCCUUACUCAGAAAUGAGUGAUGUAACACUGCAGUGCACCCCAGGGACCAAGAGGAGGAGGAGGACCAGUGUGAGUGAAUAAGAGGCUGUCAGGGGCUGGCCACCGCAAACUUGUGCCCCGCCAUCCUCGCUCUUCCAAGCCCUCCUCGACUCCCUCGCUCCCUUGGCCUCAGUAGUCAGUACCACCCCCCUCCCCCACCUCACCCGCCAACAGGUAAAUUUCUCUCAAACAAAUUCUCAGUAUUUUGAGGACUGUUCAGUAUAUUGCUCAUCUAGUAAUCUUUCGUUAUAAUAAACUGUACUGGAUGUA